UGCGUAAAGACAGAGUACAGAACAUAAAAGCUGCUCAGUGAGCUUCAGCCGGUCUCGACGCGGAGCUUCAUUUUCUGUCUGUGCACGCUGAGCCAGCGCUAUAUUUCAAAUGAAUCGUCCUCUCAUUCCGCUAUUAAGUUUCUAUACGUGAUAUAACAGUCUUCGCCAUGAGCUGCUUGGAUGUCAUGUAUCAAGUUUAUGGUCCACCUCAGCCUUAUUUUACCGCAGCAUACACACCAUAUCACCAUCAGAAACUGGCAUUUUAUUCGAAAAUGCAAGAAUCCCCAGAAACAGUGAGCGGAAGCAGCUCUUCUUUUUCUAAUAUCUCCGGGCCACCUAUAAAAGAGGAGGAUUGCGCCCGGGAGAAAGAUCACCCGCCGGAGGCUGAGUACAUCAGCUCCAGAUGUGUGCUAUUCACGUAUUUCCAAGGGGACAUCAGUUCGGUAGUGGAUGAACAUUUUAGUCGGGCUUUGAGUCAGUCCAGUAGUUACGCACCUGGAUCCACCAACAGCAAAACCGCAAGAGGUACAUCGUCCUGGAGAGACGGAUCAUUCCCUAUGAGCCAGAGAAGCUUCCCUCCCUCUUUCUGGAACAGUGCAUAUCAGCCGUCGGUCACAGCAUCUCUCAGCAGCACCCUGGGUUCCUCCCACGAUCUUCCCUUCCCAGCAGACCCGUACUCCACCGCAUCUCUACACAGCCACCUUCACCCAGCCACCCCCCAGAGCUGGCACCCCUCUCACCACCAUCACCCUUACUCACUCAGUGGAGCCAUCGGCACCCAGGGGUCCGCUUACCCCCGGCCCUCCAUGCACGACAUGUACGGAACGCACUUUGACCCCCGUUACAGCUCUCUGCUCGUGCCCUCGGUGCGGCCGCAUAGACUUCCUCCAGCCACUGUUCCCGCACCUGGAGCCUCGCCAUGCGAGAUCAGCAAGAGUGAGCCAGGCAGCUCGGCGUGGACCGGAGCUUUCACAGCGGCGAGCUCUGAUAUGAGUCUGAACAUGGAUCCAGCUCGGCGCUACACCCUCUGCAGCGGGACCAUCCUAAGCUGAACCCUUCGGAUGAAUGCAAAACUCUAUCUCUCGCUCUCAAUAGAGAAAAGACUGUAAAGAGGAGCAAGCAUGCUGCUCUCACCCC